AUGAGAUUAAUGUUCACCAAUCAUUCUCUUGCUCGAAGCUUGAAAUCUUUUGCAAGUGGACCGUUUGCUAAAGGUUUUGCACAACGAAGACUAUCUAGAGGGGACUUUUCUAAUGAUGGCUAUGCUGAUGCGACAGUCAUGAAUGCUUUAAGAGUGAUGGAAAUGGAGAUUAAGAGAAAAUAUUUGAAGACUGGUGUGAAGCUGAAUGCAUCUUGUGAAGAUCGAUUCUUUUGUGAAGUUGCUGUAAAGGGAAGAAAGUUUAAUGCAGAUGUAAUCAGUAGGAUACUUUACAUCAUAGCCUUGUUAACCCCCAUAAAUCAAGCUGAGAAAAACGGUCUUGGAACGAUCUUCAAAUCCAUAAGAAACUUAAACUGUGACGCAUUCAAGUGCGAUAAAUUAAGAAACUUAUAUUGCUAA